UAAAAACCAGAUAUUAUAAUUUUUUAAUUUAUUCUAAUUUUUUUUUUAUAAAUUUAAUAAGCAUUGGCCUUCAAUUAUUCAUAUUAUCCAAUUUUUGGUUCCGAGUAAAAAAAACUCCACAUCUUUGUCGUUGCCGUACGCGUUUCAUUCAACUGUAUGUAAAAUAGCGUGUUUUAUUACGACGCCCUCAUUCUAGUUUGAGUUUUAUCCCCAACUGAAAAAUCGAGGGUUUUACUUGCACGCGAAAUCUAGGGUUUGUUACUACUUCCAUGGUGUGAAAGUUCAGAUUUUGAGGACUAAUUGCUUGCUGCUUUCACAAUUCGUCCUACGAGAGACAUACAGAGAUUCUCUCCUUGACUUGAAGAGGCAAUAUAUUGUUGAAGAGAUUUUGUACAGUAUGACACAUGGAGCCCCAUAUAUGGGUGAAUCGUCUAGCUCAACUUCUUUAAGCAGUCAACAAGAUAAUGACGAUGACAGGAUGAUAGCAGUCGUAUUAUCGGAAGAAUUUGCUAGAGUUGAUGGGGCAUUUGCUAAGCGUCUAUCUCACAUGGAGUCUAUUCCUCAUGUCCCGAAGAUAAAUGCAUACAUUCCAAGUGUAAGCGAUGCUACUUUGGAUCAUCAACGACUUCUUCAAAGGUUAAAUGUUUAUGGCUUAUGUGAGGUUAAAGUGUCAGGAGAUGGUAAUUGUCAGUUUCGGGCACUUUCAGAUCAGAUGUACAGAUCACCUGAGUAUCACAAACAUGUGCGAAAAGACAUUGUGAAGCAGCUUAAAGAAUAUCGGACUUUGUAUGAAAGUUAUGUACCUAUGAAGUACAAGCGCUAUUACAAGAAAAUGGCCAAAUCUGGUGAAUGGGGAGACCAUGUUACCUUACAAGCAGCUGCGGAUAAGUAUGGUGCUAAAAUAUGUUUGCUAACCUCAUUUAGAGACACCUGCUUCAUUGAAAUUGUUCCGCGACUCCAGCCUCCUCAACGAGAGUUUUGGUUGAGCUUUUGGUCAGAGGUUCACUACAAUUCUCUUUAUGAUCUUCAAGAUGCUCCAAGACCUGCAAAACCUAGAAAGAAGCACUGGUUAUUCUGAGGAUGAUUUGAACUGUGGAUGAAAUUCUAUGGAGUAGGGGUUCAUCAGCUGUAUAUAUUUUGCUGUUUUGGGUUCUUGUGAUGUUCUUUUCAUUUGAUUUAUUUGUCCCAUUGUUCACCAUUCUUAGUGCCAUUGGCUAUUCAUUGUAUUAAUUAUGUAUCUUACUUGCAGUUUUAUUCACAUUACAUGAGAAUUUUGAGGACCUUUGGAUUUCAAACAA